GUUAUAUAUAUCCACUUUGUAGUCCUCGUAUAUAGAAGCUGCCUGCACAUUGCGACGUGGUAUACAUCGAAGGUGUAACCUAUACUAGUUAGGGUUCAACGCAGUCGGGGCCGCUCGGUGCCGCUCGAUGGAGUGCGUGUUGCGAUGGAAUGCGUGUUGGCUCCAUCGAGCGGCACGCCGCUUUCCCAGUCCGUUCUCCAGGGCUCCGGCCCUCUCUACCCGUCCCUUCUCCUCCUCCGCUUCGCCCUGCACACCCGGGUCCCAGCUCGAUCCCGCUUCCCUCUUCACCAAAGCUGACCAAGCCAGCCAUUACGCCACGUACCGGCCACGCUACCCACAAGAGCUGUACGACAGCCUGUACGCCAACGUCCUGCCGGGCCGCAAGCCGCCCUUUAACGACCUAACCGUCGUGGACAUCGCAACCGGCAGUGGCCAGGCCCUGGGCCCUAUGCCCGAGGACUUCGGCUCAUGCAUCGCUCUAGAUGUGAGCCCAGCGCAGUUGGCGGAGGUUCCGGAACGUCUGCGAUCUCGGAUCCAAGUACGACUGGGGGACGCACAUGCCACGGGUUUGCCGUACGGCAGUGUGGAUCUGGUAACCGUGGGCCAGGCGAUGCACUGGUUCCGCCUGGAGGAUUUCUACACGGAGUGCCGACGUAUCCUGAAACCCUCAGGCGCACUGGCUGCAUGGACGUACGACUUCGGGAAGUUGCGCGGCUUCCCUGGAUCUGAGCAGCUGUACGAGCAGUUUUACAAGGGGCUGCUGGGGCCGUACUGGGCGCGGGGUCGGGAGCUGGUGGACGUGGGGUAUGCAGGCGCCGAGCCCGGACCUGAGCACUUUGGCGAGACGCGCUUCCUGCGAGUUCCCAUGAACUACUCUGUUUCCUUGGACGAUCUGGUGGGACAGCUGCGCUCGUGGUCUGGCUACCACUCCUAUCUCAAGGCAAAUCCCACGCAACCCGAUCCCGUGGAUUUGCUGCAGCAGCAACUUGCCCAGCGGAUGACAGCAGCUAGUGCAGGACGUCUGACACUGGAGCGAGUCCUCACGUUACUGAUAGCGCUGCGGCCUCAACCGUUGUAAGGGCCCACAGACGGGCCAGGGCUGCCGCAAAUCUGUUCAAGGACAAUGGCCGCAAAGGACUAAGAGGUGGUAGGGUCGGAGAUGUGUGUUGAGGUAGUGGACGACAGGACGACUAGCACCGGUUUCCCCAAUAACGACGCAUUUUCACAGUAAGUAAGCGCUUCUGCGGUCCUCAUAGAUGACGGGAGCCUUGCUAAUGGCGUGCGACAAAAAAACCCCGUGUGCGGGUUAGUGCGAUCGAAGUGAGGUUUCCUUCUUGACAUUUGGCCGCCCUUGACAAGAAGCUAGAUAUGGCCAAACUGACAGUGCCAUAUGUAGAAGCCCUUUCAUGCAAGGGGAGAGCUCCGUGAAAGUACAAUGAUUUGAGCGACCUUCGCAUGUAUAGCAGUUGACUGCGUCCGCUUGUGACAUAAUAACUUCUGCAAAGAGCCAUUCACUGUUUAACUCGGUGACUGUAAUUGGAAUAUAAUCCCCGACUGCGCCGUACGCCGUACAUAUGGGCGCUGUGUAACAUAGCUUGCCGUCCUUUGACCUGUCGUUUGGGAGAGGUAGCCUGUUUACCAUUUCUGAAAUUCCUUAGCAGCCAUGGCGCCUAGGCAGGUCAUCCCCAUUCGUGAAAUCCUCUACCAGCUGAGCCCCUACCAGCAAAGCAUUGUGACGCAGUCAUUCUGCAACGCCCCGAAGACCUUCCUUCGCUUCUGGAAGGAGAAAGGUGUUGGCAUCGGCACCUUCGCCGUCCUCUUCUUCGGCAUCAAGGGGUACACUGAGUGCGAGAUGCAGAACGAGCGGCUGGCGGAGCGGUACUAAAGCCUCUAUAGGGGCGCCAAAUGGCUUCUAUACUGUAGACAGUUUGGUUUAUGAAGUUUCUGUCACUUGACAUGGUUGCGGGUUAGGUGGGGGCGGGCUUACGUAGCCGGGGGUCCGCCUGGCUGCUAUCUGGAAGGCAUGGACGAUUCCCAGGACGCUGUGGUUCAGUUGAGAACGCUUGCUUGUGGCUCGGGGAUCAACCUGUGGUGUUCGGUGUAAGUUAUACGUGGUUUCCCCUCCCGCCCCGGCAACCUGUCCCUCUGGGUCUUGUUUGGCACUGCGCAUUUCCCCAUGCACAACAGUUUUAAGGAACAGCAG